AUGGCUUCUUCCACUGCCGGUAACCAAGAGUACGGCACCAGACCUGACCCUGCCUUCACCAAUGAAAACAACCGUCGGCUCGGGUUCCGCUUCGAUGCCGAGAUCCUUUACGUCGAACCAUGGGGACCUGACUCUCUUCGAAUUCGUGCCACCUGCCUAGCCACUCUACCUGAGAGAGAAUGGGCUCUGACUGAGAAGCCGUCUGCGUCAACACCAGUCAUCGACAUCCAAGGCAGCUCGGCCUCGAUCACCAACGGCAAGAUCAAGGCCGACAUCAGCCGCCGUGGCAAGAUUGUCAUCUCAAACACCAAAACCGGCAAGGUCCUUCUAGAAGAAUUCGCCCGUCAUCGCUUGGACAUUCUCGACCCAAAAUGCAGCUCCCUCAGAAUCCAAGCUCGCGAGUGGAAGCCUCGCCUAGGAUCUCCCGACUACCACUUGACCAUGCGCUUCGAAUCUCAAGACCCCGAUGAGCGUAUCUACGGUAUGGGUCAGUACCAACAACCAUUCCUCAACUUGAAGGGUGCGGAUUUGGAGCUUGCGCAGCGGAACUCGCAAGCGACUGUCCCCUUUGCACUCUCAAGUCUUGGGUACGGAUUUCUCUGGAAUAAUCCUGGAGUUGGCCGAGCCGUCUUCAGCAAGCUCACAACGACUUUUGAGGCAUACUCGACCGACAUGCUGGAUUACUGGGUUGUCGCUGGUGAUACACCCGCUGAGAUCAUCCAGGCCUACACAGGCGUCACUGGUCGAGUGCCGAUGAUGCCUGAGUAUGGACUCGGAUUUUGGCAGUGCAAGCUCCGUUAUCAAACUCAAGAGGAGCUGCUGGAGGUCGCACGUGAGUACAAGAGACGAGAGUUGCCGAUUGAUCUCAUCGUCUGUGACUAUUUCCAUUGGCCAAGCCAGGGAGACUGGAAGUUCGACCCUACGUUUUGGCCCGAUCCUGUGGAAGACGCCAUGGUUGCCGAGCUCAAGGCCAUGAACAUCGAACUUAUGGUCUCCAUCUGGCCCACCGUAGAGAAGGAAUCAGAGAACUACGACGAUAUGCUCCGUCGAGGCCUCCUCAUCCGACAAGACAGAGGCAUUCGGGCUGCGAUGGAAGGUCGCGGAUACGCAAUCCAUUAUGACGCCACAAACCCGGAAGCGAGACAGUUUGUCUGGGAUGCAGUCAAGCGCAACUACUUCGAAAAGGGCAUCAAGGUGUUCUGGCUUGAUGAAGCGGAACCCGAGUACACUGUCUACGACUUUGACAUUUAUCGCUAUGCAGCUGGUCCCAACCUGUCUGUCGGUAACAUUUACCCCUACGACUACGCCAAGGGUUUCUACGAGGGCCAAAAGGAAGCCGGUCAAGAGAACAUAGUCAACCUCCUAAGGUGUGCUUGGGCCGGAAGUCAAAAGUUCGGUGCCCUCGUGUGGUCCGGAGAUAUUGCGUCCAGCUGGGGCAGUCUACGCAACCAGUUGGCCGCUGGCCUGAACAUGGGUAUUGCUGGCUUGGCUUGGUUCACUACUGAUAUUGGUGGCUUCCAUGGUGGUGAUCCCAAUGAACCAGCCUUCCGAGAACUGUUUGUUCGAUGGUUCCAGUGGGGAACCUUUUGCCCGGUUAUGCGAUUGCAUGGAGACAGAGAACCGAAGCAACCGAGGCUGGGCACCACAGGAGGAAGUUUUUGUCUCUCUGGUGGCCCCAACGAGGUAUGGUCCUACGGUGAGGAGGUGUACGGCAUCUGCAAAAAGUACCUCAACAUCCGUGAAGAGCUGAGGGAGUACACGAGAGGCUUGAUGAAGUUUGCUCACGUGAAGGGUGAUCCCAUAAUGCGUCCUUGCUUCUACGAUUUCCCGGGAGACGGCAAGUGUUGGACUGUUGAGGAUCAGUACAUGUACGGGCCCAAGUAUCUUGUGGCACCAAUCCUGAACCCAGGACAGAAGACUAGGGAGGUGUAUCUCCCUGGUGAGGGUAUUCAGUGGAAGGGCGCUGACGGCACGGUUCACGAAGGAGGCAAGACCGUGACUGUGGAGUCUCCUCUGGAUACCAUGCCCGUGUUUACGAGGGACUAG